CACCAUGAAAUGGCUUCCAUUCAUGUCCAGCUUCGUGUUGGAGAAGAUGUGCGGCUUGAUCCAGAGCGGGGUGAGAACUGACAAAGGAUUCAAGGAAGUCCAUCUGAAUUCCGUGGCUAAGGGCCUAGCUGAGCACUAUGGUGUCUCCGUCUGCUCCACUCAGGUGUACAACCACCUGAGGAAGUGGAGGCAGAGGUGGCUCACCAUCAGCAGGCUCCGCGAUCUAAGCGGUGCUCAGUGGUGCGAGGACACCAAAUGCAUCGUCCUUGAGGGUGAGCACUACUGCGGGCACGUUGCGGUGAGCACCUCAAUAACUCAGUCCUCCUCACUAACUUUUGUGAUCAGCCACGAGCACAACUAA